AUGAAUGCUUUACAUACUGCCGUAAGGUACCAAUGCUAUGAAAUUAUAAAAAUUCUAUUAAGACAUGGCGAAAAUAUCAAUAGAUAUUGUUUUGGCCAAAGAACUGUCCUUCAUUGUGCAGCAAAGAGGAAUUACACAUCAAUGGCAGAAUUUCUUAUCCAACAGCAGAGAGCAAAUCUUUAG